AUGUCGUUAUUGAGCUUAUCGCACGAUUUGACUGUACAAGAAGCCUUAUCGGGUAUAUUUGGAAGUAUCAGUUUGGCAACUUGGAUAUUUUUGUUGGUACCACAACUUAUUUUGAACUAUCGGACUCAGAGCGCCGAUGGAGUAUCAUUGGCUUUCUUGUCGGUUUGGUUGAUUGGUGAUAUCACAAAUCUUGCAGGUGCGAUUUGGGCAGAUCUGGUCCCUACAGUUAUUGUUUUAGCCAUCUAUUUCUGUAUUGCAGACUUCGUACUUAUCGCACAAUGUCUGUACUACAACAAAAUCAACGCUCGAAAGCAUCAAGAAACAGAACCCAACGCACCAAGCGAAGAAGAUCCUCUUCUUGCCCGUCGAGAAAGUAAUAGCAGUAUUGGACUUCCAGGAUCUCAUAGAAGACGUUCUUCAGCAAUGAGUGGAAUUCAACGUCAUGAAGAUACCUUGACCAAAAUCUUGGAAGAAGAUGACUCGCCAGAUGGAAAUUCUUGGGUCAGGAACGUUGUUAGCAUUUUAUUAGUUAUCGCUGCUGGAGCGGCUGGAUGGGCUAUGGCUUGGAGAAGCGGUGUUUGGAUGCCUACGCCAGAGAAUGGCAGUGAUGUUCCCAAGGCGAAUGAUGUUGCUGUUGGAGCAGAGAUUUUAGGAUAUUUCAGUGCCGUCUGUUACCUUGGUGCGCGAAUUCCUCAAAUUUUGAAGAACCACAAGGAGAAGUCUUGCGAUGGUCUCGCCCUCCUUUUCUUCCUCCUCUCCUUGAUGGGAAAUCUCACAUACGGUGCUGGUAUCCUCUUCCAUUCAUUGGAGAAAGAAUACCUCAUCAUUAACACUCCAUGGCUCAUCGGAUCCUUGGGAACGAUCGUUGAAGACGCAGUUAUCUUUCUUCAAUUCCGAAUGUAUUCAUCGAAGCCAGCUUCAACAUCUGCCGUAGAAUAG